UUCGAAAUUCAAAUCAAACAGCAAAGAUUAACGUUGCGCGGUGAGUGUGGGGAGUGGAAAGUGGAAAGUCUCCGAAAAUGGGUUGCAAGAGAAAUGCGAAAAUCAGGAAGCUUGGAGCGGUGGUAGAUGUGUCUUCUUCCCCGGAGACUGAUUUGGAGGAUGAGCAGCAGGGCACUCCCUUAAGGCAAAUCUUUUGUCUCAAAAGGAGAGAGCAAUUGAAGGAGUUUGAUAACAAAGAGGAAUGCUUUAUCCUUGAUUUUGAUCCUUACGAUUCCUCUCGCCCUGUUUCUGAGAAUCUCGAUCCUGAGAUCGCUGUCGUCGCCGAAAAAGGCAAUGUGGCAUGUAGAGAUUUCCCACAUGCAAGGUAUGUGUGUGUGGAGUUUCCCUAUGGCACUACACCUCAUGAGAAGCACUGUAAACUGUGCUAUUGCUAUGUGUGCGAUGUCGCUGCUCCAUGUAAUCUUUGGACCCACGGAACAUAUCCACAUUGUCACGCAGUAAACACCGAAGGUUGGAAACAUCAGCGACGGGAAACGAGGAAGCAAGCGAGGAUACAACCUUAAGCAAAGGUCGCGUGUCUUUAUCCUUCACUGUCCAGCAUUUUGUGUGCUUUUACAAGUCAACAGGGCAUUUUAGGUCUAGUCUUGUCUUUGUCCUGUAUUGUUGGCCGUUUGGACCGUGAAGUUUUAGCUAUAAACGUAGAGGUAUAUGCGGUGCAGCCAUUCCUCUAACUUAGUUUCUUUGUAGAUAUUUUUGAACGCUAAUAUGAAAUUGGUGGAUGGAAGAAAGAUUAUUCCUUG